AUGGAUAGAGAUUAUUUUAUUGAUGAUUUGAGAGUGAAAGAUGAAAUAUAUGAGGUUGAAGACCAAAUGCCAAUGAGUCGUGUAAAACAUUAUAAAAUAUGUAAGAAUCCGCUGGAGGAACUUGAAGAAACCGAGUUCAAAUUAAAGUACAGGUUCUGUAAAUCCACUGCUAUAUUUAUAAUUGACAUGGUAAAAGAUAAACUAGCUGGUGAUGCAAGGGUUGGAUUUAUACCACCCCAUCUGAAAAUUCAAGAUGAUGCAGGGGACCUCGGUGGCAUGAGCCAGGCAACAAUAUCAGUUAUGAGUAAACAAGUUGCCUUGACACUAGUAGCACAUAGGGCUCAAUGGAUUAAAAUGCUACAAUCUGAUGCCGAGCAAAAUAAGGUUAUUGCUGGAUUUUAUGCAUUGUGUGGUUUUCGACAAGUGAUAGGGGCCACUGAUUGCACACAUGUAAGAAUCCCAAAAGUUGGUGGAGAUGUCGCUCAAUAUUAUAUUAAUAGGAAAGGAUACAUUUCUAUAAAUGUACAAGUUGUAUCAAAUGCAAACUUAGGAAUCAUGGACAUAGUGGCACAUUGGCGAGACAGUACCCCGAGGAUUUUUAAUGAAUGCCGCUUAAAGCAAAGGUUUGAGACAAGACAACAAUAUUGA